AUGUCACAGCGAGGGAGGCUGUUGUCUGAUAUGCCACUGACACACUCCACCUCAGUCGAUACCGGCUCCAUGGGCUCGGAAGCGUCACCCACCCCGCCAGACCUGCGGCCCUUGCCAUCAGAACGCCGCCCUGAGACGAGGCCAUCUCCAGACCAAUCACAGCCGCAGCAUGCCAACGCUGCGAGCGGAAGUGGGAUAGGAACAGGUAGUGGCCGUAAAGUCGAACGAUCAUGUACCCUUUGUCACCGCCGCAAGAUCCGCUGCGACAAGAAAUCGCCCUGCUCGUCAUGUGCCCGCGGCGGAUUUCCCUGCUUCUACCCGCAGGCGGGGCAGCCGGUCCGCCGGGUCCGUAAAACCACCAUUGCCGAUGUAGCUAGUCGGAUCUCGGACCUGGAAAAGACACUUGUCGCCGGUGUGGGCCAGCAACAUUUUCGGGGCCGUGGCUCGCCCGCGGAUGGGCCGGCACCGUCGGCGGCUACUGCUGCUACGUCGAGCUGGGAUUCUGGUCGGUCAAUUGCUGGAUCGGCAGGAUUUCAGGGACCAACGACCACCUCGUCUUCCGGAGUACCUGAGAAGGGCACCAGUGAUGAGAUUUUGGUGAGGAAGGGGACGUCUAGUCAGUAUUUUGAUGAAGUUCUCAUCUCUCGGGUGAUUGAAGAGGAACAUGACAUACAGUCAGUGUUGACGACGCCGACUAGCGAGCCUUCUCCAAAGGCAGCCCCCUCGCCGUUCAACCCCAUGGGCAUACUCUCAAGUCCAGAUCUCAGGUUGAAUCUUGCUGACCUCAUUCCUCCGAAAUGGGGUGCGAUAGAGCUGUGGCGGAACUACACCGAUAACAUUGAACUGUGUAACAAGAUCUUACACAAACCGACGGCUGAGGUAGUCAUCUACACGGUGAUAGACGACCCAGACAAUGCCCAGCUUGAGGCAAUGGCUCUCAUGUUUGCCGUCUUCUUCGUAUCUGCCAUUGUCCUCGAUCCAAGUACGGUCCAAAGGAUCACGGGCGAAGACAAAGUUACCGCCUUACAUCGCUUCAAGGUUGGCUUGGAGCAAUCAUUUGCCAAAGCCGACUUUCUUGAACAUCCUUCGGUCAGACUACUAGAAGCACUAGCUGUUUACCUGGCAGCUCUUCGGAUACAUAACCCCGGCCGUGGCCUCUGGACAUUAAACGGCCUAGCUAUCCGAGCCGCCCAGUCUAUCGGCCUACACCGCGACGGAACGAGGCUCGGCCUUUCUCCCUUCGAAUCAGAGAUCCGUCGCCGGUUGUGGUGGCAUCUGGUCGCACGGGACGGAAGAGCGUCCGAAGACUACGGCAUCCAGAACCCGAUUUCCUUCAACCUCCAAGCCGGGGUCAGCUUCCCCUCCAACCUCGAUGACAACGACAUCUACCCGGAGAUGAAGGAGCUGCCAUCCCCGAGGCCAGGCUGGACGCAACUCACGCUCCCGCUCAUCAACAUUCAAAUAGCACGCACAUGGCAUCGACUGGCACAACUAGCGACAGAGUGGAAGGAAAAGCCAGCAACGGAGGCUCUAAGGGUACAGAUAGUGAACGAGCUGCGCGACUACGCCGAAGGCUUCCUAAAGCACUGCAAUCCCGUCAUUCCGCACCAGCGGCAGACGCUGCUGAUUUCGCGCUUCAUCAUACAGAAGAUCGAUCUCGUCUCACAGCAGCAGUGGCUUAACCUUGAACGCCCAGAGGCCCGCGAGUCGUUCGCUACGGAAGAGAAUCUCAACAGGGCGCUGGAGAUCCUCGAGGCCGGCAUGAGUCUCGCGUCCGACGAGUUACUGCGGCCGUACCGCUGGUCUAUGCGCGCGUACCCGCAGUACCACAUGAUUCUUUACACCCUGUGGCAUCUCUGCGUGAGGCCGGAAGGGCCCAACGUGGACCGAGCGUGGAGGGCAGUAGAUGCCUCCAUGGAAAAUGUGAGGCAUGUCGGUGUCGCGUCCGGCCCAGCGGCGAAAAUGACGGUGCUGGAGGCGUUGAGGGCGAAGGCUUUAGCCAUGCGCCAAGGGGUUGUACAGCAAGGUGCUAAUAGCGGCGGCGACAAGGAAAAGGAGGCGUAUCCGACUCCGGGAACAACCGAGGAGAGGCCAGAGGCGGAAGGGGUGGAAAGUGUUCUGGAUGGGAUGGCAGGUGUUGAUGGGAUGGAAUGGAAUGCGAGUAUGCAGGACUUCCCUGAUUGGAGCACAUUGAUGACGGAGUUCCAAGUGGAUGGGUUGGCAUUCCCGAGUUACCUUGACUAG